AAUACAUUUAUCCGUUACUCUUUUAAAUCAGUUUAUAAGCUACAAUCAUCAUGAUUAAAUCAAUUAUGUUCGUUAUCUUAAUUGUUAAUUCAUUUUCUUUAAUUAAUUGUGAUGAAAAAUUGCCCGCUUUGAGUAACGUUUGUGCAAUUAUGAUGGACUUAGUAACUAAUGGGACUUAUGGUAAAUUCAUUGAAGAUAUAACAGUUUGUAAGAACAAUUUACCCCAAUAUGUUUACAACACUUUGACCCAAUGUGAAAAUCUAUUACCACUCAGUACAAAUGCCGAAGUAAUUAAAGUUUGUUCUGAUAUUGGAAUCUACGCAAAAAAGUUCGAGCAGACUCUAAAAUGUUACCAUCAAAUUGAUAAGGAUAAUUACAAUAUGUAUUGGUUUUGUAUGUCUGGAGUAUUUUCAAAAAUUAAGGAUUAACCAAAUAAUGAUUAAAGAUUGGAUUUAAAUAUCAACAAUUAACAAAAAUUCUAAAAGUUUAAAGUUACAAAUUUGUUUGGUUGAUUGUUGAUGGAUUUUCAUUGAUUAGAUUAUCAUUAAUUGUUAUUAUUAUGGUUAAGCAGAAACAAAUAUACAAUAAAUUAUGAGCCCAAUCAAUCAAAUUGAAUA